UUGUGCAAGUACACCGAGUGCGGUCGCUGCCUGCGCCGGCGCAGUGUGAUCAGCAACCAUGUCGCGAGCGCGCGCGCACCUCGCCGCCAUCUUGCUGGCGGUCACCGUCGCCGGCGCAGCAGCCGCCGCUGACGACCAUAUCAUCUACGAUCUCACCGAGGAGGAGUACUACGAGAUGCCACAGCUGUUCCACAUGGAGGAGUACGAGGGCUGCCUGGCGCUGGGCGGCGGGUACUGCGUCGGCAGCUUCGAGCUGAGCCCCGGGCACCCCCGCGCGCUCGCGCUCUACACACGCAUGAAGGGUUAUUCUAACAACUGGGUGAGCCACUUCAACCACACGCGACUGCACCGCGCCGUCUGCCUGGCGCGCUCCUGCGCAUCCACGCGGCCGCAACCAGGGGGUGACUCUCACACACUCGAAACAUGGUUCGCAUCGUGCGUGAACGCGAGCAUGAUGUCCUCGUACGGGCUGUGGGCGCGGCCGCUGCGCGUGGAGUACUGCGCGCGCGGCCGUGCGCCGGCGCCGGCGCUGUCGGGCAGCGAGCGAGCCUUCGCCGCGCUGCUGGCUGCGCUGCUCGCGCUCGCCGCGCUCUCCACCGUGCUCGACCUCACGCUCAACGACCACGCUAAGAAAGGAGCGGCCUGGGCGCUGUCGUUCUCAAUCCGCGGCAGCUGGCGGGCGCUGCAGGCGCCUGUGGCGGGCGCGGGGGCGGCGGGGGCGGCAGCGCGGAGGGAGGGGGACACGGACCUGCGGUCGCUUGACGGGCUGCGCGUGCUCUGCAUGAUGUGUGUCAUCAUCGAGCACGUGUGCUGGCUCGCCACGCAGGCGUUCGUCGACAACACCAGGGAGUAUGAAACGAUGCGUAGUGCGACGGACGUGAUGCUGAUGAUCAACAGCACGCUGGUGGUGCAGAUCUUCUUCCUCAUGUCGUCCUUCCUGCUGGCACACAAGCUGCUGCAGCAGCGGCGCCGCGGGGAGACCAUACGACCGCUGGCUACCUUCGGUGACACCAUGUUGAAUAGGAUCAUCAGGGUGAGUCCGAGCUACUGGGUGGUGGUGUGGUUCGCGGCGUCGUGGUGGCCGCGGUUGGGCGCGGGCCCGCUGUGGGCGCCGCUGGUGGAGCGCGAGGCCGCCGUCUGCCAGCACAAGUGGUGGACGCACCUGCUCUACCUCAACAACGUCAUCUACCCCGACGACAAGUGCCUCAUACAGACCUGGUACCUGGCGGCAGAUAUGCAGCUGUACGCGUGGUCGCUGGCGCUGACGCUGCUGCUGCUGCGCGUGCGCCGCGGCGCGCUGGCGCUGCUGACCGCGCUGCUGGCCGCCGCCGUGGCCGCCGUCGCCGGACUCGCCUACGUCUGGCGGCUCGUGCCCACCUACGCCAUGCACAGCCCCGAGCUGGUGCGCGCCAUCUACUCGGGCGAGGCGUCGUUCAACGUGCUGUACCAGUCGCCGCUCAGCAACUCGCCCGGCGCGCUGGCGGGGCUGCUGCUCGCGCAUGCGCACCACGCGCUACUCGACGCGCGCAUCAACCUUAACAAUUACAAGUGGUUCCGCUGGUGGUCGGCUGUGGCGCCGGCGCUGGCGGUGUGGUGGGCGGCGGCGGCGCCGCGCCUGCUGGCGGCCGGCCCGCCGCCGCGAGCAGGCGCCGCCGCGCUGGCCGCGCUCGAGCGCCCCGUCUUCUCCUUCUUCGUCGCGCUCGGCCUGCUCGGCGCCAUGCACGAUGUCCAAUCGCCGCUGCGCACGCUGUUCUCGUGGCGCGGCUGGGCCACGCCGGCGCGGCUCUCGUUCGGCGUACUGCUGCUGCACCUGCCGCUCAACAAGUCGCUCAUCGCCAACCGCCUCGCACCCUCGCAGGUCACACGACAGACCACCAUAUUCGAAUGGUUCGGCGUGGCGCUGGUGUCGUACGCGUGCGCGCUGCCGCUGGCGCUGCUGGUGGAGCUGCCGGCGCAGGCGCUGCUGCGGGCGCUGCGGCGCCGCCCGCGGGCCGCGGCCCCGCGCCCCCCGCGGCCCCCGCCCGCCGCCGGCCUGGAGAAGACCGACCCCGCCGACUGACCGCCGCGCUAGCCUCUGCCUACCCCACGGCGGGGAGUUACAAUAAUUUAAGCAUAUUAUCAUGGUACAAGAAAUAACAGGUAUAGAAUGUGUUGAAGUUUUGAAUACCCUCGUAUAGUUUCUCGUAAUUCUAAUGCAAUAAUUAAACUAGUUAAACUAAAUUAAUUAAAAUAAUUAAGAUAAUGUAGCGCGAAAACUGUCAUCGGAUAAUUUUUUUCUGCAUUGCAUGCCACUUGUAGUAAGUGAAAAUGAUUCGAGUGUUUUUUUUUUAUAGAAAUGGUUAUAAAGAACGUGUUUCAAAUGUCAAAUGUAAGAUAUACCUGUUUUCUUCUACCAUGGCAAGUGCUCCUUUACGGUCGAUUAGCAGUGUAAAUUCGCACCCUGUUACGCGCGAAUCACUCACUGUUUAGCGAUGUAAUGAAGUGCUUGUCGAGCGAGUUUAUAUUUUGUCUAUUUCAGAUGCAAAUGAAGCAUAGUGAAAUAGACUUUAAUAUUCUUUGAAUAGAACUGAAAGUUAAUUACAGGUGUAGGUUGUGUGGUUGCGGGUAGCGUAGACUACUAAAGUGAUCGAUAUAGGGUUGGUCGUGUAUACCAGCCUCGUAAACCUGGGAAGUCGCAGCCAAAUAGGAACCUUCAUUCGCCGUUCCUUUAGCUCCUAUUUCUUUUUUUAUUAAACGUCAAGUGGUAAAGUCUCAGGAUAGGAUAGUAUCAAAGAUAAGAUUGAUUUCAAACUAAAGGAAAAAACCACUAGCAACUGAACGGUAGACAUUAUUUAAGACUUUUUAUUGAAUGGAUAAAGAUACCAAAUAAAGUUAUGCUAAUUUUGGUUGCGACAUCUACAAGUGUGCUGGUCUAAUCCGGAACACAUCUCAAAUUAAUAUUACAAGGCUGUAUAGUUAUAACUGUUGCUCAUAUUUAACCAUAUUAUAACACAAUUUGGUGCAAAUCAACAUUGGUACAUCUUGUAGUGUCUCUGUAACUACUGAGAUAAUUUUGUGAUAGUAUUGUAGCUAGAUGUAAGGAUAAACACCAAUAUGUGGUGUCAAGACUUAGGUAUGUGGUACUGUGUAGCUUUAAGAUUAAUAAAUAAAAUAUUUAAUUAAUUACUUGA